CAACAUCUGGACUCGGACUAUUUAUAUUGAAGAUUUCUUUUUUCUCUUUAAUAAAAUAAGAGAGACAGAAGAAGUAAAAAGUAAAAAGAAAGAAUAAUAUAAUGAUAUAAAUUUUAUUUAAAGAAAAAGGAAAGAAUGUUAUGCUUAAAAAUAAAGAAAAGAAAAGAUAGGAGGAUUGAGAUUGAGGGUGGGUGAAUUCAUGAGAUGAGAUUAUGAUUUUUGAGUAGUUUUAACCAUAAUUUUAAAUAAUAAUAACAGCACCAAACAAUAGUUUUAAUUUUAAUUUUAAUAAUAAAAAAGAAAAGAAAAGAAAAAUUGAAUUGCAUUUACAACACUCUCGUGACUCCCGCUGUUGUUGCAGAAGAACCAACCUCUUCUUCUUCUUCUUCUGGUUCUUCUUCUUCUUCUUCUGGUUUGUUUUUGAUGAAUAGCUCUCAGAUCUCUCAUUUUCAUUUCGAUAUUCAAAAGAUUUAACAGUCAAUGAAUGAAUCAGCUGAGUCUACCUAGAUUAUCCUUUUUAUAUGUGUAUUGAUUGAGGGAUGGGUGUGUGUUUUCUUCUGUAAAAGGAAAGAAUUUUGUGAACUAAGCCAAACACAAACCCCUUGAUUGAAAUGACAAUUGAUCUACACCAAACAUCUAUGGCGCAAAGUGUAAGAACCAGUACUAGGUCCUCCUUUAGCUCUAACAAUGCCAACGAGGAUACUCCCCCUGCUCAUUCUCAUUCAAAUGGAGAUGAAUACGAUAGUGAUGGUUCCAAUUUGGCACCUCCUACGCCUACUUCUCUAUCAAUGGCCAUUCCGCCAGAACUCGCUGGUGCCAUACCCUUAAUCGAUAAAUUUCAGGUAGAAGGUUUCUUAAGGUUAAUGCAGAAACAAAUUCAUUCUGCUGGAAAACGUGGCUUCUUCUCCAAAAAAUCUGUUGGCCCUCAAACCCGGGACAAGUUUACAUUUGAGGAUAUGUUAUGUUUCCAAAAGGAUUCUAUACCAACGUCUAUGCUUAAAAUAAAUACUGACCUGAUCAGCAAAGCAACUAAGAUGUUCCAAAUUAUCUUGAAGUACAUGGGAGCUGAUCCAUCUGACCGACUUACUCCAACAAGCCUAGAUGAACGGAUAGAGCUUGUCGGAAAACUAUACAAGCAAACAUUGAAGCGAAUAGAGCUUCGAGAUGAGUUAUUUGUUCAGCUAUCAAAACAAACUAGGAACAAUCCUGAGAGGCAAUACUUGAUUAAAGCAUGGGAGCUGAUGUAUUUGUGUGCCUCCUCAAUGCCCCCUAGCAAGGACAUUGGUGCUUAUUUAUCAGAGUAUGUUCAUAAUGUAGCACAUGGUGUAAAUACUGACUCCGAAGUUCGAGUUCUAGCUUUAAACACUUUGAAUGCUUUGAAGCGUUCUGUUAAGGCUGGUCCUAGGCAAACUAUACCAGGACGUGAGGAGAUUGAAGCUCUAUUAACUGGUCGAAAGCUUACAACUAUAGUGUUCUUUUUGGAUGAAACUUUUGAAGAAAUCACUUAUGACAUGGCAACAACAGUAGUUGAUGCUGUUGAGGAACUUGCCGGGAUAAUCAAAUUGUCAGCAUUCUCCAGCUUUAGUCUAUUUGAAUGUCGUAAAGUUGUAACGGGCUCGAAAUCACCUGAUUCUGGAAAUGAGGAAUAUAUAGGGUUAGAUGACAACAAAUAUAUUGGGGACCUAUUGGCAGAAUUCAAAGUUGCAAAGGAUCGAAGUAAAGGAGAAAUACUGCAUUGCAAGCUGACAUUUAAGAAAAAACUGUUUAGAGAAUCGGAUGAAGCUGUAGCAGAUCCAAUGUUUAUACAGCUGUCAUAUGUACAAUUGCAACAUGACUAUAUAUCAGGCAACUAUCCCGUAGGAAGAGACGAUGCAGCACAGUUGUCUGCAUUGCAAAUCUUGGUUGAAAUUGGAUUUAUUGGCACUCCUGAGUCAUGCACUGAUUGGAAUUCGCUUUUAGAAAGAUUUCUACCGAGACAAAUUGCAAUAACACGAGCAAAACGAGAGUGGGAAUUGGAUAUUCUUUCUCGUUACCGUUCAAUGGAACACUUGACGAAAGAUGAUGCAAGACAACAAUUUUUGCGAAUAUUGAAAACACUUCCCUAUGGAAAUUCAGUUUUCUUCAGUGUUCGGAAGAUUGAUGAUCCUAUCGGACUUUUGCCGGGUCGGAUUAUUUUGGGCAUCAAUAAGAGGGGUGUUCAUUUUUUCCGUCCAGUUCCCAAAGAAUAUUUACAUUCAGCAGAGUUAAGAGACAUAAUGCAAUUUGGAAGUAGCAAUACUGCUGUUUUCUUUAAAAUGAGAGUUGCAGGCGUUCUUCACAUAUUUCAGUUUGAGACAAAGCAGGGAGAAGAAAUUUGUGUUGCUCUUCAAACACAUAUAAAUGAUGUCAUGUUGCGUCGCUAUUCUAAAGCAAGGUCUGCUGCUAGUGGUUCAACAAAUGGCGAUCUUUCUAACAAUUUUAAACCGUCUAGUUCUAGUGCGGAAGUGUACGAGAAACGGGUUCAGGAUUUAUCAAAAUCUGUUGAAGAAUCCCAAAGGAAUGUUGAUCAGCUGCAACAAGAAUUACUUGAAAAGGAAAGUGAGGCAGCUAAAUUACGAGAAGAGUUGGGGGAUUUAGAAGUGUCCUUGAGAUCUGAGAAGCAAACCUUGGGAGAAGUUACAUCUGAACGCAAUAGGCUAUCAUCGAUGUGUGAGGAAAAAGACAUAGCUCUCCAAGCUAUGGUGUUAGAGAAAAGAAACAUGGAAGCAAGGUUAGCAAAGUUGAGUGAUGCAGUGUUGGAGAACAGUACAAAAAAGGAUGCAGUUGGUGCAAAUAACCAGGCACUAUACAAGAUUCAAGAUGAGUUAAAACUUCGAAGUGAGGAGUUGCAUGUUGCGGAAGAAACUAUAAAGAGGUUGAAAGAUGAAAAGAAAUUGCUGGAGCAAAGGAUAUUUGCACUUGAGAAAAAGAAAGUUGAAGAGAUGCAGUUGCUUGAGAAAAGAUUUGAACAACAGCGCAAAUUGUUAGAAUCUCAAGUAUUUGACCUUGAAAAAAAGCUUGAUGGAGUCACACAAGAGUUAGCUAUUUCCAAAUCAACUCUUGCAGCUAGGAACUCUGAUUUGGCUACAAUACAAAAUAAUUUAAAAGAGCUCGAGGAAUUGAGAGAAAUGAAAGAGGACAUUGAUAGAAAGAAUGAGCAAACUGCUUCAAUAUUGAGAAUGCAAGGGGUUCAACUCGCUGAAAUGGAAGUUUUAUACAAGGAAGAACAACUUUUAAGGAAGCGUUAUUUUAAUACUAUUGAAGAUAUGAAAGGCAAGAUUAGAGUUUUUUGUAGAUUAAGACCUCUUAGUGAGAAGGAGAUAGUUGAAAAAGAAAGAAACGUGAUUAUGGCCUUAGAUGAGUUUACUGUUGAACAUCCAUGGAAGGAUGAUAAACUGAAGCAACAUACAUAUGAUCGUAUUUUUGAUGGCAAUGCUACACAAGAAGAUGUGUUUGAAGAUACAAGGUAUUUGGUGCAAUCUGCUGUGGAUGGAUACAAUGUGUGCAUAUUUGCAUAUGGUCAAACUGGGUCAGGAAAAACAUUUACAAUAUAUGGAUCUGAGACAAAUUCUGGACUCACCCCACGAGCCAUAGCAGAAUUGUUUAAAAUCUUAAAGCGAGAUGGCAACAAAUUCUCUUUUUCAUUGAAGGCUUAUAUGGUUGAGUUGUAUCAAGAUACACUUGUAGAUCUAUUAUUGCCUAAAAAUGUGAAACGCUCAAAAUUGGAAAUCAAGAAAGAUUCAAAGGGAAUGGUGUCGGUUGAAAAUGUGACAGUUGUAUCAAUUUCUAACUAUGAUGAAUUAAGUACCAUCAUUCAUGAAGGCUCUGAACGAAGACACACGUCUGGGACUCAAAUGAACGAGGAAAGUUCAAGAUCUCACCUCAUACUUUCAAUUGUUAUUGAAAGUACUAACCUUCAAACUCAGUCUAUGGCAAGAGGAAAGUUGAGCUUUGUGGAUCUUGCUGGGUCAGAAAGGGUGAAAAAGUCAGGAUCAUCAGGUAGUCAACUUAAAGAAGCUCAAAGCAUCAACAAGUCACUUUCAGCCUUGGGAGAUGUCAUUAGUGCUUUAUCAACUGGUGGUCAGCACAUACCAUACCGAAACCACAAAUUAACAAUGCUAAUGAGUGACUCACUCGGUGGAAAUGCCAAAACGCUUAUGUUCGUUAAUGUAUCUCCAGCUGAAUCAAAUUUGGACGAGACAUACAAUUCGCUCAUGUAUGCUUCCAGAGUGAGGUCAAUAGUAAACGACCCAAGCAAAAAUGUUUCAUCAAAAGAGGUAGCCCGGUUGAAAAAGUUGGUUGCAUAUUGGAAAGAACAAGCAGGUAAAAGGGGUGACGAUGAAGAGUUGGAAGAAAUUCAAGACGAAAGACCAACCAAAGACAAAGCGGAUGGCCGGCAUUCUAUGUAAUCUUUUCUCUUUUUUUUUGUUUGUAUUAAAGUAAUGGCACAAACAUUGUAGGUUUAGCCAAGCAAUCGGUUGCUUGGCAAUGGCAGUGUUUUUGGAUGAAGAGAGCAGGGUUAUUAGAUAUAGGUGAAUUAUAUGGCAAUGAAGGAUAGCUCGGCUAGCAUUUCAUAAUAGAAUAGUUGACUAUUGUUUGUUUGUUUGAUUGUUCUCCUUCAUGCAUAUUCUUAGGAUGUAAUGUAUAGCUGAAUUUGAAUUGCGUGUAUAUAUAAAGCUUCACUCUACCGUUUCAACUUUCAACUAGAAUUGGUGCAUACACAAAUGAUGUUUGUUCUGAAGAUAUUCUGUACAACUUGGGAUGGGGCUAACAUGAUGUUAUUUUGUUUGAAAACAAAAAAAGCAAUCAAGUGUUUACUUACUUGAUUUAUCUUACCACAAUCUGAAAUGUGAAAUGUUGUUGCUUAUCUUGUUUGCAACAAAUAAAUAAAUGAUUGGUGAAAUGAAAAUUGGAUGAGUAUGCAAUUAUGUUAAAACAAACACAGACUACAUAAUGAUAUGUUAAAACUAAUUACAUUUAUUUAUACUAUGUUAAAACUAAUGAUAUGUUUAAACACAGACUACUCUUCUUAAUGUGUAAUAUUUAGAUGUAAUUUGUAGGUGCAAUUACUCGUUUAUAUUACAUAAAAUUCAUAAAUGUGAGACCCCACCCCUAUUGGGCUAUUGAGUAGAUACAAUAAUAAUAUGUUUGAAUAAUAAAAAGAAGAGCGUGUGGAGAGUUAAGAGUUCCCACAGAGUAUGGAGAUAAUGACAAGAAAGAAUGAGGAUAAGGUAGAUUAAUGUCAUUUAAUGAAUGAAUGUGUAUGACACUAUGAGAAAAAUCAUAGCAAUAAUAACAAACUCCAUUCUAUUAUUUUAUGUUGGGAUUAGGAUUGGGAAGAAGAAAGAAUUAAUAGGCAAGUGUAGUUGUUGUUGUUCUUAUAGCUAAAUUGAUAAUUGAAUUUGAUGGAGCAAAAUGAAGAGAGUUGGAGUAGGAGUUCAUGUUCAGCACUUGCUAUUCUCCCACGUUUGGAUCGGUUAGAUCGUCUGGUGAAAUUACUGGAUGAGAAGAGUAGAGUAAUAAGAGGAGGAGGAUGCUGCAGCAUUAAUAUUAGUGAUCAAACACAAAACCAUAUUAAGAAGACUUCUCUGUGGUGUGCACUGGAUGAAGUUGUUCACAAAGGCAGUGUAAUGGAUCGACUCCUUAUGCUUGAGAAACGACUAUUAAAGUUGUGGGUGGAAGUGGAGAUUAAAGUGAAUGAGAUGGAGCAAGGAAAUAACAGCAACAGUACUACUACUGAGAUAAAUGAGACAGAUAAGAAGAAGAAGAAGAGCAAAAGAAGAAGAAUACAAGAUUACAAUAGACACUUGGGAUUGAGAAAGUGGUUUCCAUUUUCAAAGGGAUUCUAAUACUACUACUACUACUACUACUACUACUAGACUUUGAUGUUAUGUUGAUCAUGAUCUUUUAAAAAGAAGGAGAUGAAGGAGAUGAUGAAAUGAAAGAUGUUCAAAUACUCAGUUCUACUGAGUAGUUAAGUUAUGAUGUUCACCCACCAUCUUCUUUCCCUUUAUUUAUUGUUUGUUAUUAAUAAUAAAUAGAGCACCUCCCUCAAUCUUAUCAUUUUCAUUACUCAAUUCAAUGCUCACCUCACCACCUCCACCUCUUCUUUAAAUCUUUAUGAUAUGAUAUGAUAUGAUAUGAUUUCUUAUCAAAUUUUUAUUAAUUUAAUAAUCACUACUACUUCUAUCUAA